AUGCUAAAUACUCCACGCGCCCCACGAAGCGAGAACGCCUACCAACUCUCCAGCACAAGCACGUCCUCAAACAUCCCGAAAGAUGACAGCCUUCACCACCCGACACCCAGACCAGUACUUGCCAGACACUCCACCUCACUUAUAGAUCACGCCGAUCAAUUACAGGUCGAACAUAUCGGUCAAAUCAAGAACGGUCCAGCUUCACGCUCAAGCCAUCAUGAGAUCCGAAGGGACGGUUAUACGUGGGGCUUGAAGCCGGCAUCUGAUGAUCUCAGCGACCCACGUCGACAUAGUCGCAAUCCUUUAUUACCUGCACAGGUCCGCGAAAAGACGCCACCAUCACUGGAGGAGUUGAUGCGCCCACCACAGAAUGAGGACGCUGAUGCCGCACAUAACGACCGUGUUUCCCGCGCCAACACUGGCGAUACCAUGAGCAGCGUCAGGAACGUAGGUAUUCCUUCUACUCGGCCAGAGUCAGUGACGCGUCGUAGCACCCGCAAGUUAUCGGUGGCUGUUUUCGCUAAAGGACUCUUUCCUCCGGCUAGCUCCAGUGAAGAGUGUCGAGAACGUCGUGAAAGCGCAAGCUCCAUGGGAUUUAAUGGUGAUGGGAGGAAGAAACGCAGGCCAUCCUUUGUCUUGUCUUCAACCGUUGAUCAGGGUGGUUUCAUGAAGCCCUCGCAUGGGCAGACGAAUGCUGAAAGUUCCAAGACUCAGAAACCGACACACCUUUCCAAGAAAUCCUCGAUGAAAAGCAGCCUUAGAGACCGAAGAAACGUUAAUUUUGACCUAUCGUUGCCCAUUGAACCACCAGACCUACCACCACGAAGCCGUUCGCCUCUUACAAAGUCCAGUAGCAUCACGCCCGCAAGGCCGCGAAGCCCAAAAACCCCAUGGAUAAGGGACGAGCCAUUGCAAUGGACACAGGCUGCCUCUCAAAAUACCGCGCCCAUUUUCGAAGAGGACUAUGUUGGCCAAGCGACUGUUGAAGAGGGCACGCCUGGCUCUGGCCUGCUCCCUGACAACGACCCCAUCUCUUCGUCUCACUCUCCGACAUUUGAACGCCCAUCAGUAAAAGUCCGCGACCGCUGCUACGUCACCCGUCCACGAUUCAACAGGAGUCGAGACAGCCGAGGUGAGCAUAGUUCUGAUGCACUUGCCCACACCCCAGAUGGGAGCUGGGCACCAAACGACGAGAGAGAAUAUCAAGAGCAGAAGAAUCAAACGGCAGUAGAGUUGGAGCAGCUUAGUCAGGUGACAAAGGAAGCUCGAUCGAAACGCUGGCGUUGGGCACGAUCGGCCACUCGCUCUAGUGAUGGCAGUCACUCAAGUCCCAUUGCAGAACCGACCAGGGACCGCAAGUUCUCUGUCAACCCUUUCAGACGCUCCAACCGCCUAGCAGAGCAAACCGACCAGGAUCAAGAUUCCAAACAUCGACAAUCCCCUCAUGCCAAUCGCCUCUGGUGGAUUGGCAAACAAUCUCCACCACCACCAGAGCCUGAAGUGACCAAGAUCAAACCUCCCUCUCAUAUCGCCAUGCCAUCCGCAUUCACCCCGCCCGGUAUGCACCACAUCCCUACUCCACCCACAUUGGACGCCAAUGGCGAUAUCAAAGGCAAACUUGCCGACUUCUUCUUCGACCACGGUACCGAUAUCGAUCGGCGACCGAAAGCUAGACCCAGCCCGGGAGGAUACUGGGAUUCUGAUGCCCUGCUCAUGUCGUUUAAGUCGCCGUCUAUACAGCCGUCAGAUUCGACGGAGGAAGGGCCAGAGGGGCCUGUGCCAGAAUACGCACCACGAAGCUUCACGUGUGACGCCAAUGAUUAUGGGACACCAGGACUCGUUGUGAGGCCCGGUGGUUACAUGAAUGCCGGCAUACCACGUCUCCCACGGCCGGCAAAUACAGAAGAGACGUGGUUUCGGCGCUGCAUAGUCGAGCAGACGCAAUUGACAGCUGCGGCGUUGCGUAAGAUCGACGAGCGCAAGAAAUUUGAGUGGAUCGUGCCAGAACACUUGCCAGGAAGUCCGCUUUGUCCUCUCCACAAGAAUUAUCAGGGAUACAGCAUCGGCGUCUGCUACUGGCAUGGCAGACGCAGACGCAUGAGUGGCAGUAAUGGAAGUGAGGGGAGCGACGAAUUUGUUGGCGGGGUGUAUGAGCUGGGCAAGAAGGAGCAGAGGAAAAGGAGACGAGCGAGAGCGGCAGCGGAGAGACGUGGAGACGUGGAAGUCAAGCGGGGAGCGAGAGGGUGGCAGGUGGGUAUGUUUGACCAGAGUCCUGAAGAGCACAAGCCAAAGAGGAACAGACUGCAGAGUCUGUCGAAUUCUUAA